GCUACUGCGUUCGUCCCAAUUUGAAGGAACUAUAGGCUAAAUGAUAUUUAAACAAGCAAACAAUUUUCGUUAUCACCUUUAUCAACUAUUUGGCAGUUGAAUUUUCAAGAAUCAUUGCCGAAAUGUUUGUUUUUGCUUUUGUUUCAUCUAAAUAAAAAAUAUAUAUAUAAUUUUGUGGAGAAGUUGUACACAAAAAGCAGAUGAUGGAAUCUAGCCUACAUGUUAUCCAAUUUACAUAACCAACAUCUAGUUGCUAUUUAGGUUUAUUAUCUUAUUUUUUUGCCAGCUCAGUCGCUCACAUUUGUUUUCUAGAACACAUAAUUAAAAUAACACUAUUUUAAUUUUAGUGACUUUGUGUUCUAGAACGUGUGUCUGUACCCUAUCUGUCCUACUAGAUGGCGCCCUUACUCUGUCCUAGAACUGAGAAUUCGACAACUUGACCCCAGUGUCGUCAUGGUAAUCUGGUGCGUCAAGGCCACUUUCAACCCCCCAUUGGUCUGAAAUUCACGUGGCAUGCCUCGUACAAUCAUAAUUGUGUUGCUGAUAUUUUUUUAUGCUCCAUGCCCCCAACUCAAAUAUGUCAGCUUCCUACCCCUCUAUAAUCCUUUAGGGGGGCACUGAACACUGGUAUCAAAAUAAGAAAGAUAACAAUAAAAUGGAAUGUCCAAAUAGAAUCCCAGCUUCUAUCUUCCAUGUGGAACAGUUGGUAGGAGGAUCCUCUGUGUCCAGAGAUGAGGGCUAUUUCGGCAGUUCCGGAAUGUAUGCUCAAAGAGUUGCGACCGAGUAUGACUGUUCGACAGCGAGAAAUUAUGGAAUCGCUUCUUCGCCUCUCUCCAAAACGGGAGCACAAUCUCCGACAAACACGGCUCUCAGCGUCUACCAUCAACAUCAUUACCUUUCGCAACUAAAUGCUUUUGGGCCUGAAUAUAAAAAUUCAUCCCAGGUAGCACAGCCUGUUAUCCGACCCCUGUUUCCAUGUUCUUUCCCAUCGGACAGUGUGAAGGAGGACUCAAUGUUCUGCCUAUAUAGCGGAGAUCCAAACGGACGCACGGAUACAGUUGUUGGAACUUGUUCCUACACGCGGAUGGCUGAGAGACGCCAUCCCAGUCAAACGCACGAACAGUCUUGUCCGGAAUCCUCGACAGCUAAUCAACGGUACCUAAGGAAAGAGAAGGCGCAUGGCUUCGGAUCAGAAAGUAUCUUCUCUGUGUCCGGAAUUGAGACAGAUAAUCCAGAACUAUUUAACGACACCUGCGAAACCAAUCAGGAGGCGCAUCUGGCAGUGGCAGACAGUAAACUCGAGGAGAAUCACAGUCCCACGAAACAACUGCCUGAGAAAGAGAACGUCCUAAAAACGGACGGUAGCACAGACAACUCAGACAGUGAGGUUAAAGGGGACAGAUUGGAGAAUGUCUUUGGAAACUGGCUCACAGCGAAAAGUAGACGGAAAAAGCGUUGUCCUUACACCAAACAUCAAAUACUGGAACUGGAGAAGGAGUUCUUGUUCAACAUGUAUCUGACGCGAGAGCGCCGCUUGGAGAUCAGCAAGAGUAUUGACUUAUCUGACAGACAGGUCAAAAUAUGGUUCCAAAACCGACGUAUGAAGCUCAAGAAAUUCAACAGGGAGAGUCGAGUGAGAGAGCUAACCUCUGCUUAUGACUAUACUUAAACCUUACAUCUUAUUUGGAGAUAAAUACUUUUACGCGUAAGCUGCACAUACAGGCUAGGCAUGCACACAUACAGGAGAAAACAUCUAGAGCAGGAUAGGAAUUGUAAGCCUUUCAAACAUCUUCAUGUUUUUUUCGAGUCCAUGCAUGGUUUUAUGAAAAAUGUAAGUUUCAUGAUUUGACAGUGAAAUGCUAUGAUGCUCUAAAGAUGCACAUUGUUUAUAAGGCUGGAAAUUAAAGUGGCACUCCAGACUCCUUUUCACCUCAUUUAACACCUGAUGUAGUUAACAAAAGGCACAUCUCAAUAGGUGGUUCAGGUAUGUCAUGAAAUACAUAGCAAAAGUGGUGGUGUGUGUGUGUGUGUGUGU